CACACAACAUUCUAAAAGAGCUUCAUUAUCAGAUAAUAAUCUUCUUGGGUUUUGGAUCUUUUGCAAAUGAUAAUUAUUCACUUUUAAUGCCUUGUAAGGGCUCAUCAAAACAAUUAUAAAUGGAGUCGCAAUGUGGCUGUGGAUGUGGUUUCCUCAAUGCUUUGAGAUCUGCCUUUGCUGCAAUCAGAAAACAAGUUAGAAAAAGGAGAGUGAGGCAGAGGCAAAGAAACCUCAGAGUAAGUCCGAUGGAGGCUAUGGACACAAUAGAGAAGGAGGAGGACAAGAAACCAAACGAGACAGCCGACACUCCACUCAAGACAUCGGCCAGAGGUUGCUCCAGAGCCCAACUUUAUGUCUCGGGAUGGAGGCCAAAGGGGCAUGAGACCCUGGCAGAGAUGAGGCGGCGCACCAACCAGGACAGGAUUCGUGCUGCCAAUCGGGCAUUCAUGGAGGCACGUUUGCCCACCACGAGAAUCAAAAUCACCACCGUUGUGUUCGCAGAAGAAGUCCCAGAGGACACAACAGGACAGGACGAUGAAACAAUAGAGGUCCUCAACACUGACCAAGUCAGCACAACACUCAACGCUGAUGGAGUCCUGCAUGAGCUGGUGGAGGAGAUCAAAGAUCCCCAUGGGGAAGAAGAAAUCAGCCCCCUGGCUAAGGCCAUGGAAAUUACAGCUCGCCGUCUCCUGCAUGGAAAGAAGGCUCACCAGGAGAACUGGCAGACUCUGGUCCUGGACUACUGACUGAUAUAUGCCAUUUCCAUCGCUCAGCAGAACAUAAAAGCAGAGGACCAAAGUGUGAAGCUCUUGCCUGAUAAAGCACACGUCUGCUUGGAGAACUUUUUUAUUAGUGAGUCAAAAAGAAUGAAGAAAAAAAAGGAUAAGAGCGUUAAGAACUGUAAGACAAUGUGCUCUUUCAACAAGAAAGAAAUAAAUAAUCCAACUUUUGUAACAACUUUAGAAUAAACAUUGCC